AUGAUAAUGUUGGUAGUUUCAAAUUUGCUUCGUUUUUCCCUUGUUAUUCUUGGAUGUUUCGUAGGGAAGUAUUGUGGUGACUGUGAUUUUGAGGAUGCUGCUGUUGUUUCGGACCUGAUCGAAGCACAUGUAAGAUGUAAUAUCAAGUUUACGUGUUUCUCGCUGCCUUUUCUUACGCGCGUGUCGCUGCUUGUCGCUUCGUCGUCGUGUCCGAGGCGAAACUCUCCUCCCUUUCCAAUUGCAGAGGGUAAAUGUCCGUGGCAAAAAAAUACCGCGCUGCCAAACUCUUAA